GACGCGGGCACAGCCUUCCUGUGUGGUGGCAGCUGUCUGCAGCAUCAUGGACCCGGGGAAACCAAUGAGAAGCCUGCUGGCCGUGGCCCUGCUCCUGCUGUUCCAGGCAUGCCUUUGCCAAGAUGGAGUCACAGACGACUACACCGGUGACAACACCACGGUGGACUACACCCUGUUUGAGACCGUGUGCUUCAAGAAGGAUGUGCGGAACUUCAAAGCCUGGUUCCUCCCGGUCAUGUACUCGCUCAUCUGCUUUGUGGGGUUGCUGGGCAACGGGCUGGUGGUGCUCACCUACGUCUACUUCAAGCGGCUCAAGACCAUGACCGACGUGUACCUGCUCAACCUGGCCCUGGCGGACAUCCUGUUCCUGCUGACCCUGCCCUUCUGGGCCUACAGCGCGGCCAGGUCCUGGGUCUUUGGCGUCUCGCUGUGCAAGGUCAUCUUCAGCAUCUAUAAGAUGAGCUUUUUCAGCGGCAUGCUGCUGCUGCUGUGCAUCAGCAUCGACCGCUACGUGGCCAUUGUGCAGGCGGUGUCUGCCCACCGCCACCGAGCCCGCGUGUUCCUCGUCAGCAAGCUGUCCUGCGUGGGCAUAUGGGUGGUGGCCACGCUGCUGUCCAUCCCCGAGAUGAUCUACAGCGGCCUCCAGACAAGCAUCAGCGAGCAGGUGCAGCGCUGUUCCCUCCUCCUGGAGCAGGUGGAAUCCCUGAUCGUCAUCCAGGUGGCACAGAUGGUGUUCGGCUUCCUGCUGCCCCUGCUGGCCAUGAGCUGCUGCUACCUUGUCAUCGUCCGCACGCUGCUGCAGGCGCGCAACUUCGAGCGCAACAAGGCCAUCAAGGUCAUCAUCGCCGUGGUCGUGGUCUUCACUGUCUUCCAGCUGCCCUACAACGGCGUGGUCCUGGCGCAAACGGUGGCCAACUUCAACGUCACCAGCAGCACCUGUGAGCUCAGCAAGCGGCUCAACAUCGCCUACGACAUCACCUACAGCCUGGCCUCCGUCCGCUGCUGCGUCAACCCCUUCCUGUACGCCUUCAUCGGCGUCAAGUUCCGCAACGACCUCUUCAAGCUCUUCAAGGACCUGGGCUGCCUCAGCCAGGAGCAGCUUCGACAGUGGUCCUCCUGCCGGCACGUGCGCCGCGUCUCCAUGAGCACAGAGGCUGAGACCACCACCACCUUCUCUCCCUAGGGCUCCUCUGUGUGGAGAGGGACCUCUCUCCCGGGACCCCGGGGCGGGGCCAGGGAACAAAAUUGAUGACUCAGGAUCCUCCUGAGAGCUGCUGCGGGAAUGUGGUUCUGUUAUGGAGUCUCAGCUACCUCAAUCCAGGCCGGAGAGAGAAACUAGUGCCACCGUGGAGGCCACACCCACAAACCAAGAACUGAGGUUCGGGGAGCGCCGCAGCUCCUGGAGUUGGGGAGCAGUAGAUGAUGCCAGGGGACCACUCUAUCCUCUGAACUCACCUUCUCCCAUCUAGCACGGAGUCUUCCCGGGCAGUCCGGGGCAGAAACUCCGGCUUUGCCCCUGAGACCAAGGCGGCUGGCGGGCAAGUACAGGGCACCUGGGGUCUGCGUCCCUUGCCCCCUUGUUCUUCCCACAGUCGUCCACACUGGCAGGCACCCUCCAGGCGCUCUGUCCCUGUGCGGGCACCACUCCUGGCUCUGGACAGGGUGCUCCAGAUGGACUGAUGGAUGAUGAUGCUCGUGUCCGCUGCGGGCUGGACAGCUGCCUGGCCUCCCCAAGGCCCUCGUUCCCAGCAGGGUUGCAGAACGCAACGGCACAUCGCCAGCUCCUGGCUCUGCCCAGGAGCAGAGGAGCGGGCAUGGAGGACAUCGCAGGGAUGAGGGAGGGUGGCCGCACUGGCUGCUGAAGGCCAGUGAGCUCCUUCUCUCCUCUUUGUCAACAGGAGCAGAAAAAAAAAAAAAAAAAAAAAAAGUGCACCCGUUCUGCUUCCAGUUCAUUAAGGGACUGCAUCCUAUUCAUGCACAAAUAAAAGUUUCCCCUGGGGAAACAACAGCUUUAGAAGAAGGGAAA